CUUCCUUUCACCUAUCAUCGUCAUCGAGCCGCGAAAUGAGUACCGUCACAAGAACUCGCCCCCCCAGCGACGAUCUCUGGCGGGCUGCAGUCGAACAACUCACCAAUGAACAACGGGCCAGUAUCGACUUUGACAAGUCUCAGAAGACAGAUAUCCUGUCCGACUUGCUCGACCUGACCAAAGAUGCAAAGAAGCGCUCUAUUGAAAAGGCCUGGAAGUUCACGCGGCGAAACGGCGAAAUUGUUGUCAUCCGUGACAUUCUGAGCAAAGUAGCAGGAUGGAUUGAUCGAUUCCGGACGAUUGGCGACAUUGUCGUUGCAUUUGAUCCAGCCCAUGCUGCACUGCCUUGGGCAGGUGUACGGUUUUUGCUACAGAUUGCAACCGACGAUAUCAACACGUUCAACUUUGCCUUUGAGAAUAUCCUGUCUCUAGCUGAACUCAUCAGUCGCCAUGCAGUAGUUGAGGGCCUUCUUUUGCAGACCGCAUCAUCCACCGCCAGAGACGAACUUCGUAAUGCACUUAUCCGGCUAUACACCGACGUACUUACAUAUCUCGCCAAGGCCAGAGCGUACUUUCUUCAACCCACUCGGAAGCGAGCCCUGAAGAGUAUGGUCAUAUCAUCUGAUCUUCAGUCGUGUUUUGAUGCUAUCACAACCACACAAGUCGACGUUGACCGCUGUUUCCACAUGGCUUCCUUGCAAGACCAACUGGACAAACACAGCGAAAUGAAACAAAUCAUGGCCCGAUUUGAGACCCCGAUCAGUCGCUGGGACUCUGAACUAACAAAAAUCACCGACCAAUUUGGCAGGGCCAAACGGACCAAGAUCUUGAAGUGGCUUUCGGUCGAGCCAUACAGUAGACAUCACAAGCAAACUAGGAAAAACGUCCUAGAAGGAACCGGCCAGUGGCUUCUUCACGACCCUGUCUACUUGAAAUGGAAGGAGGAGAGUGCAUCAUCGGUCCUCUGGUUGCAUGGAAUCCCAGGUUCUGGCAAGAGCAAACUCGUCUCGUUGGUUGUUGAAGAGGCGUUACACGCCUUUGAGAACCAGAACAUGCCGCCACCGGCAUAUUUCUAUUGUUCUCGAAGCCCUACAGAGCUUGGGCGUUCUGACCCCGAUAAGGUCAUGGCGAGUAUCGCUCGUCAGCUCUCCACCCUUGGACCUGACUGUCCGCUACUCCACCCAACAGUGGCCGCUUAUAAGCAGUGGGAGAGUGAUGCAUUUUCCGACGGAUCAAUAUCACUGGAUGAUAGCCUUGCUCUUAUCAUGGACUUAGCUGCAUUAUAUCCCAUGGUAACUAUCAUCAUAGAUGCGCUGGAUGAGUGCAACCCCGAUGUCCGGAGGAAUCUUCUUGAAGGUUUGCAGAGUAUUCUCCAAAAGUCACCAACUUUGGUCAAGAUAUUUGUCUCGAGCCGCGACGAUCAAGAUAUUGUGUACCGGCUGGAAAGAUACCCAAAUCUCGAAAUAUCGUCGAAAAAGAAUACCGGAGACAUUAACAAAUUCGUCGCGGCCGAGACGGUAGAAUUGAUCACCAGCGGAGAUUUACUGCGAUACAGCAAAAGAAAGGAUGAACUAUCACGGAGAAUCAUUAACCAAGUCGCUCUGAAAGCAGAUGGCAUGUUCCGUUGGGCGAGUCUGCAGUUACAAGCACUGUGCCAGCUUCACUCUGAUGCUGCAAUUCUGGAAAGAAUUGAUCGACCGCCGCCAAAGCUGGAAGAGCUGUAUCAAGAGAUUCUCGAUAGGAUUGACGGCUCCGCCAGCGAUGCCGAUCGCCUGUAUGCAAGAAACACCCUAAGUUGGCUCCUCUGUGCUCGCUGGAAGCAGGACGUGGAUGAAUUUCUCAUGGCUGUCUCUGCUCCGGUUUCGUCCGACUACCCAGUGACGAAGGAACAAAUUCUGGGGGUAUGUUGCAACUUGGUCUUGUUCGACACCACCCUGGAUAUUUUUCGCUUUGCUCAUCUCUCUGUGAGAGAAUUUCUUGAGAAAAAGAGCCAAUAUUCCAGCACGAAGACGAAUGCCCUUGUGGCAGAAACAUGUCUCGGAACAUUGAUUAGAGAUUUCGGGUUUGAAGCGCAGUGCCUGUCGAAUUUUGGGCAGAGAAGCCUAUAUUACUAUUCAAGCAUCUGGUGGGGAUUUCACUGUCAGGUGGCAGAAGACGAACGACAAGAAGGCACUCUCAGACAACACCUGGAGCUAUUUUUAGCAGAGACCGCGAUUGAAGGCUCGCCCUAUUCUAGAUGGAUGGAAGAAGUAAGAAUCAAGCAUAGAGACAUCGUCUUUGCCAGGUUGCCCCUACAAGAGGGUUACGAUGUCAACAGAAGACUGCAAUGGUGUUCCUCAAGACGCAACUCGGUUAUAGUGACGGCUUGCGUUUUUGAUCUUUACGAAGUCGUAAAGAGAAACCAGGCGAAGCUAGAGAACCGAGUUUGGCAAAACCUCGAGGGCAGUCGUUGUUUAGAUGCGGUCGCAAGGUUUGGCAACCUCAGGGCGCUAGAUCUGCUUUUAGCGGUCAAAACGCUCCGUGUCACCGAGAGUACUCCCGUAAUGGCGAUGGGAAACAUGAAAAAUGGAAAUGAAGUUAUGGAUUUACUUCUUAGAAGACGGGAAAAGAAGGACAUUAUCACAACGGAGGUCGCUAAAGCAGCAGUGGCGGCAUAUGGGAUCAUGGCACUGACUCUACUACCUGUGGGAGAUUUCGCAAUGCCAGAGAAGCUCAUUGUAGCAGCAGCAGGGGAUUGGGCCGUCGGGGCAAAAGUAAUAGCCUUUCUACUUGCGGAGCGGGGAAAUCAGGUCACAAUCACAGAGGAGGUUGUCGUGAAGGCAGUACAGAAGCAGAGGUCAGCAGAAUUAUUGACCAUAUUACUCAGGGAGCGAGGACAUGAGGUUUCAAUCACAGAACGGGUCGUCAUGGAGGCAGUAGGGAAUCAGUUAUCAGGGUGGGAAAUACUGACUGCAUUACUCAGGGAACGAGGAAAUGAGGUCACAAUCACAAAAGGGGUCGUCAUGGCUGCGGCACAGAAUCGGCUAUCAGGGUGGGAAAUAUUGGCCUUGCUAUUUACUGAGCGUGGACAUGAGCUUCCUACUACAGGAGAGGCCUUUAUAGAGGCAUUUGGGAGUUAUUCUAUAGGAUGGGAUGCACUAACGUUUCUCCUUGAGGAACUAGGUUAUGAGGUUACGAUGACAAGACAGGUCGUGAUGAGGGGAGUUAGGAGUCAUCAGCCAGGAGAGAAAGUGCUCACCUUUCUACUCGAGAAACUAGUCCAUGAGAUUGAGGUCACAGAGGAGCUCAUUCGGCGGGUAUCACAUUUGGAUCUGCCUUGCAGGGCGAUGGUGGUAUCCUUGUUGCUCCAGAAGGGACAAAAGCAGGUCAAGGUCACAACUGGGUUGGUUGAUAAACUUUACGACUCGACUGAUGAAGAAGUUGUGACCUUGCUGAACGAGAAUUUGGUGUAAUCUGGAAUUAAAGUUAUCAAGAUCAUUCCGUUAUGAGGGCAUGUGACGACGGGAAAAAUGGAUAUUACGGGCACCGAUGGGUGGAGGAGUCGGAGGAUGACCAUCGUUUAAGCGGCGAACUCGGCUGGAGAUACGUGAGGCAAAGAGGGGUAGGCUGGCAAUAAGAGACAAUAAGCCGAUGAAAGAGCCGGCGGUGACUGAUUUAAUCAACAUCUUGCGAUUCACCAUUUCAUCCAUAUCGUGCCAUCAAAUACAG